AUGUCGGAACGAUCAAACCACUCCAAAAAGUGGAAGGGGGGUGGCAAAGGUGGAAAAUGGCAGCACCAGACGAAAACGUCCACCAUUGAAUCUGGUGAUGUGGGUGUAUUUGUGACUUGUGAUAUGGGCAGAGAGAAAAAGGCUCUCAACGAAGCUAUUGAUCUAUUUUCUCAGGCCCUCGAAGAACCGUCCGCACAGGAUGACGAGCAAGACACCGAUGAUGAAGACAUCGAAGCGCAGAUCCAACGGGAGUUAGAGGGCUUACAGCCCAACAAAGACAAACCUCGUCAAUUCCGAGGUGUGCAGUUGGACAUGCCAUGUGUGACAUUCGUACGCCUGGAUCCUUCAAUAGAACCAGUGCAGCUGGUUCAUCGUCUAUGUAGCGAGGCCCACGCAAACCCAGAUGUCAAGAAGAGUCGAUACAUUCAACGCAUGCAUCCAAUGACCAAAGUUCACAAGACUCUGAGUGUGGAUUUGGCGGAAUUUGCGAAGGAUAUUCUCAAGCCUUACUUUCACUCCGGUGGUCCACCGAAGACGUAUGCCAUCCGGCCCUCGGUGCGUGGAAAUGCAAAGCUCAACCGAGACAUCGUGAUCAAGACGGUGGCCGAUGCUGUCGGUCCUGAGCACCCCGUGAACUUGAAGAAUUACGACUAUAUGAUUCUGGUUGACAUUGCCCACAAUGUGAUUGGUAUGAGUGUCGUAGGAAGUGACUACGAUAAGCUGAGACGGUUCAAUUUGGCUGAGAUUUAUAAUCCCAGUCCAAAAGGCGGACCAACGACUCCAUCCACCAAGAAGCCCAAGACUCAGUGA